AUGGGGAAAGUUCACCUGCUCACCGGCACCAAAGAGACGACCACAGAGUAUAACCUGGUGCGGGUCAAUAGUGCAUGGACUCGCAAAGAGAAGCACAGCCACACAGCGUCUACAGAAUCUGUGUCUCCAGCUAUGAUUUAUGAAAGCCUCACUGACACCGGCACCUGUUGGACAGUGGUCACCCCCAUUAUCUUCAGCUACAAGGUCAUCGAAACCCAUGCCCUCCUGGACCCCUGCAAUAGCACCCUACUCACAGGCCACACCCAGGGGCCACAGCAAGCCGACAACAUGAGAAUACCCAAAAAGCCCAUGAAGCGCUUUGUGGUGGUUGACCAGGAAGUUUACCAGAUCUAUGGCCCUGAGAUCAACAAGUAUUUUGAAGCUAACAAUGUUAAUUUUAAGAUUCUAGCUCUUCCCACUACUGAGGAGAAUAAGUCUAUGGAGAUGGCACUGAAGAUCCUUGAAGAACUAAACAGCUUCUCAAUAGACAGAAGAACAGAGCCGGUUAUUGCGAUUGGAGGUGGAGUGUGCUUGGACAUUGUGGGCCUGGCCGCAUCUCUGUACCGCAGACGCACACCUUACAUCAGGGUACCCACUACGCUCCUGUCCUACAUUGAUGCCAGCGUGGGGGCCAAGACUGGGGUCAAUUUUGCUAACUGCAAGAACAAGCUUGGGGCCUACAUUCCACCAGUGGCAACAUACCUUGACCUGUCGUUCAUAAAGAGUGUCCCUCGCAGACAUAUCUCCAACGGAAUGGCAGAAAUGUUAAAGAUGGCCUUGAUGAAGCACAAGGAGUUGUUUGAACUUCUAGAAAAACAUGGGCAACAUCUACUUGAGUCAAAGUUUCAGUCAGACAGUGAAGUCUUUGGUCCAUGCAGUCAGAGUGUGUUUCGCUCUACUCGCCUCGCCAUUGUCACCAUGCUGGAAGAGCUGGCCCCAAAUCUGUGGGAGGACGAUCUCAACAGACUGGUGGACUUUGGGCACCUCAUCAGUCCAGCACUGGAAAUGAGGCUGCUCCCGGCCUUACUGCAUGGUGAGGUAGUAAACAUCGAAAUGGCGUACAUGGUGUACGUAUCCUGGGAGAGUGGGCUGGUGACGGAGGAGGAGAAGAACCGGAUCAUUGGCUGCAUGGUUGGUCUGGAGCUGCCUGUGUGGCACCAGGCCUGUACCAUGGAUAUGAUCCAGAGCUCACUGCAGGAAAGGCUCAAACACUCAGGGGGACUUAUCAGGAUGCCCCUUCCUGUAGGACUGGGGAAAGCAGAAAUCUUCAACAACACGUCAACUGAUGUCCUGAUCAGCGCUCAUGAAAAAUGGUCUAAUGAGCUGAGCACUCAUGCUGUUUAA